AUGUCCGUGAGAUACGGUUUGUCAACACAGUUCCGUGGUGUUUCUUCAACAUGCACCUUUAGAGCUCCGAUAGCUCCCACGUCUAGGCGGUUCUCCGCAUCGUGCCACCUGAAUCAAACACCACCCUCGUCUACGGCUAAGACGGAGGAUAAGGAUGACAAAAAUGGUUCUAAAGAGGAGAAAAAAGAAACUGCGAUGGGACGCCGCCUGUCUCAGAUGACCGAAGAUGCGUUGCUAGAAGGUGGACGAUCUGCGCAACGCAACUUCGAGCAGGCGGGGUUCUCAGAAGAGCUGAAAAAUGAGCUUGCAGAGCGCAUUGCUGCUUCUUCAUUCAGGAGCCAGUAUGCUGCUGCUCAUUCUAUAGUCGAAAUGCCCUCUUUCGCAGGGCAGGGCACACGAGAGCAAGCGGCCGCUCCCGCAUGGACAGGAACAGAGCGCAUGGAGGACACGACUCUGCGUAUGCUAGAUGACGCGAGCAAACCAAUCCGAAUGCCUUACAAAAUCCCCGAUCCCGUGAACCUCAAACCCGCCCCGAAGCCCAAAAAGUCUCGCGCUGAACGACUUGCCGAAGCAAAAGAGCGCACUUCUACCUACACACAGAGCAAGGCUCCUGGAUUUUCCAAAGAGGAGCGCGAGCAUAAGCGCCGCGAGAUGAGGGAGGGCUUAACGCCCGGGGCUCAUUCAAUGCCAAUCUCGAUUACGGGUCUUUCGUCGCUGGCAGAUGAACGAAUUCAAGAUGCGAUUGCGCGCGGACAAUUUAAAAGUAUACCUCGUGGGAAAGGCGUAAAUACGAAACCAGACCACAAUGCGAGCAGCGCAUUCAUUGAUACAACCGAAUAUUUUAUGAAUAAGAUCAUCAAGCAGCAGGAAAUUGUGCCACCGUGGAUCGAGAAACAACAGCAGCUUGGUAUGGAAAUCAGUCGAUUCCGUGAACGUCUUCGAGCGGACUGGCGGAGACAUGCUGCGAUGUUGAUUGCGAGCAAGGGUGGGUCCUUGGAUGCACAGAUGAAGCGAGCAAGAGCCUAUGCUGCCGCCGAGACUCGGUUGGCAAACAAAGCAAAGUUGGAGGCUUCGUUCGAAGAAGAUACGUCUGUCUCGGAGAUCAACACUGAUGGCCGGAUAGUCUCCAAGUCGGAGGUAUCACCUGCGAUCAAGAAUGAGAGCGAGGAAAAUUCGGAAGAUCUGGCCCAUCUUCCACCAUUGCGAGACCCUGGAUACCUCUCAAUAGAGCGUUCCUAUCACGAACUCGCCGUGAAACAAAUCAAUUCUCUCGCACGCACAUAUAAUCUCCAAGCUCCGGCCUCCGCCCACAAACCAUAUAUCAAUCUUGAUCGAGAGCUCAACGCAUGCUAUGCCGCGGUAGCGCCUGAGCUGGCGGAGGAAAUUAAACGCCGAGCAACAGAGCGUGCGCGUCCAUCAUCAGUCGUUCCACCGGUUCCUUCCAGCAGGUUUGGGUCACUGGGCACGGCACAGACCGUACAAGUUUACGAAGAAGAUCAGUCGAAGGGAUACGGUAUGAAGCAGUUUUGGCGCGAUUUAUUCACUAAAUCCUGA